CUCGAAACCUUCAAUUCCCCAAGGACGAAGUCUACAAACCGCCAAAAUGCCUCAAGAAAUCUCCGACAUCAAGAACUUCAUUGAGAUUUGCAGACGCAAGGAUGCUUCCUCUGCACGCAUAAAGCGCAACAAGAAGACAUCCCAAACCAAGUUCAAGGUCCGCUGCUCACGACACCUCUACACGCUCGUCUUGAAGGAUUCGGAGAAGGUCGAGAAGUUGAAGCAAUCCCUACCGCCCAGUCUCACCAUCGCCGAUACCCCCAAGAAGAACGCCAAAGGAAAGCGAACAGCAUAAGGAAUGACAGUCUUGGGGCUUUGACUUGAUGGAGUGGAGAUCAUGAAGGUGUUGUGCAUUGACUUUUCGCAAAAGGCGUCUGGCAUACCAUGGCAAUGGCACAACUGAACUGCUGCGCUGCGAUGAGAUAGCAGGGCGAAUACGAAUGGUCAACCAAACCAAAGUCGAAGCGCGUCCUUCUACGCACCUUGCUCUUUUGACUUUCCUAAACGAGGACACUGCUUACUGAC